AUGGGGAUUUGUACCGUUGUGACGGACGCCAACAUCUCAUCUGGCCCUGAGAGCAACACCACAGGCAUCACGGUCUUCUCCAUGCCGGGCUGGCAGCUGGCACUGUGGGCUGUGGCCUACCUGACCCUCGUGCUGGUGGCCGUGACGGGCAAUGCCACGGUCAUCUGGAUCAUCCUGGCCCAUCAGAGGAUGCGCACAGUCACCAACUACUUCAUCGUCAACCUGGCCCUGGCCGACCUCUGCAUGGCCGCCUUCAACGCUGUCUUCAACUUCAUCUACGCCAGCCACAACAUCUGGUACUUUGGCCGUGCCUUCUGCUAUUUCCAGAACCUCUUCCCUGUCACGGUCAUGUUCGUCAGCAUCUACUCCAUGACCGCCAUCGCUGCAGACAGGUAUAUGGCCAUCGUCCACCCCUUCCAGCCACGGCUCUCAGCUCCUGGCACCAAAGCAGUUAUUGCUAGCAUCUGGCUGGUGGCCUUGGCACUCGCCUUUCCCCAGUGUUUCUACUCCACCAUCGUCAUGGACGAGGGAGCCACUAAGUGCAUAGUGGACUGGCCCGAAAACAAUGGCAGCAAGAUGCUACUUUGGUACCACCUCGCCGUGAUCGUCCUCAUCUACUUCCUGCCUCUCGUGGUGAUGUUCUUUGCCUACAGCGUCAUCGGCUUCACGCUCUGGAGAUGCGCGGUCCCCGGGUACCACGCGCACGGCGCCAACACGCACUACCUGCUGGCCAAGAAGAAGUUUGUGAAGACCAUGGUGCUGGUGGUGGUGACGUUUGCCAUCUGCUGGCUUCCCUACCACCUCUACUUCAUCCUGGGCCACUUCCAGGAAGACAUCUACUGCCACAAGUUCAUUCAGCAGGUCUACCUGGCGCUCUUAUGGCUGGCUAUGAGCUCCGCCAUGUACAAUCCCAUCAUCUAUUGCUGCCUCAACCGCAGGUUUCGCUCUGGCUUCCGGAUCGCUUUUCGCUGCUGCCCGUGGGUCACGCCAACUGAGGAGGAUAAGGUGGAGCUGACUCACACCCCCUCUCUCUCCAGGAGAGUCAACAGGUGUCACACUAAAGAGACGCUGUUCAUGAAUGGGGAUGUGGCCCCAUCUGAGGCUACCAGUGGGCAGCCUGGGGGUCCCCAAGUUGGGGUGCCUAUCGAAUCCUGA